CAAAUGUACAAGUAUUCAACUAAUUCAGAUAGAUAUGUUGGAGAUGAUAUGCACCCCAAAGAAAAAAGGAGAACCCCUGCUUGGUGUGACCGUAUUUUGUGGUAUGGAGAAGGUCUACAUCAGUUAUCGUAUGUCCGUGGUGAAUCAAAGUUUUCAGAUCACAGACCUGUCUAUGGCAUAUUUUGGGCUGAGGUUGAGUCAGCUCAUCGUAGAUUGAAGAAAACUAUGAGUUGUUCUCGUUCCAGAAUUGAGGUGGAGGAACUUCUGCCAUAUUCCGGUGGAUAUACUGAACUGAGUUUUUUCUAAGGAAUUUGGGAUGUGAGACGUGUCCUUCCAC